AUGAUGGAAUUAGAUAAAAAGGAUUCUACUGAUAAGAAUACUAAGAAGAAGUAUGUACUUUCCAGACCUGUAAGCGUCAAUAAUAAUAGGGCUCAAUCCAACGAGAGUCAUAGUACCGAUACAAAUGAAUCUAAUAGCUCUGAAGAUAGGAAAGAAAGAAAUAAGUCGAUUAACUAUCUAGGAUGUGUCAUUUCAUUUUUUAACGGUAAUGAUCACAAGUAUCGGUAUCUUGGUGUAACUAUUUUAAUUAUCGCACUCGUGUUUGGUCUAUUACCUGGUCCUGGUCCAGACAAACCUCCUUCAAGAUUUUUCAAUAAUCUUGCUAAUAUGAUCAUCGGAAUCUCUCGUGACAUCGACAGUGUUAAACUUCCAGCCGCAGAUAAAGUUAUUGACCAUGCUGUAGCAUGCCGCCUUGUUAGCUUUGGAGAGAAAAUCGUUCUGGCCGGUCGUGGACUAAGAAACAUGAAUAGCAAAGGUUCAUCGUUAUAUGAAUCGUUUGAUGUAGAAGUUGAUGCGAUGAUGCAACGACUACGAUCCAAUGCACGACAAGGUGAUUCUAAAUACUUUAAGGAAAGGUUGAAUAAUUUAAUCAUAAAGGUACAAGAUUUUAGGGAAGUAGUUGACGGAAUGAGAGAAGCUGAAAAAUUUGUUACUAAAAACGACGAACAUUGUGUUGAUAUUGUUAGAGCUCACAAAGAAAUUGGGACGGUUAAUGAAAUUUUGGUUCAUUUAAAAAAUACUGCUGGUAAUUUAAUGCAAAUGCAAGCAUUUUUAAUGACUUAUGAGGAUAGACUUUUGGACCUUCAGGUUAGUCUUGACAAACCUGGCACCGAUGAUGAAUAUUGCAUAUUUGAAGUUACGAAGCCAGAUCUUAAUUAUUUAAAAAUUUCUGUUGAUAAGUUGAAAGAUUAUCAUCAAAGCUUCGAUAUAAAGGCUGGAAUCUCCAAUUAA